ACAUAGGAUGCAUUGCUAUGACUUAGUUUGGUAACACAGUUACACACCGUUUCCCAUUACAGCUCAAUCAUUUAGCAAAGUUUUAUAAUUUCAUUUCAAUUUACCUUUCUUGAGGCGCUUUUUGUUUAGUUGAUCAUUGGAACAGUGCUAUAAAAACUCGAAAUGUCCGUUUCUCAACAAUUGGCAGAAAUUGCAGGAAAUGAAAAAACCGUCAUGUAUGCUGCCGACAAUAAUUUGCAAGAAGUCUUGUGUUACCCCGAAGUUUCUGAUAAAUCAACACUUGUUCAAUUAACGGAUGCAUGUCUUCAUGCCCAAGAACUUACUAAGCAUUUGAAUUUUGGAAAAACAGUGUCUAUCACCAACCAUUAUUCUCGUGGUAGCUGCGUCUUACAAACAGCCAGGGAGAAAAAAGACGGUUCAGGGAGUAUUGUGUCUACUACCGUUGCAGCUCAGAAUGUCUUGAGAAAUGCAUUAAAGUCCAGUCGUUCACUAGACAAAGUUAUCUCUCAACUCUAACGUUCAUCCAUAAAAAAGCUUCUUUUAAUCCUCUAUACCUUUCAUCGAUCGCGUAAAGUAAUGUAUGUAUCUUUUUUAAUUAGAGUAAUUCAAUUCUUUGUUUGGUUUUUGAGAUUUGAUUGUGCUUGAAAGAGCAUCUCGACAUUCAUAGAUAGCAUUGAAAGCAAUAAAACUUCCAGUAGCA